UGCUAAAAUAGAUUGUAAUAGUCUUUAUAGUAAAUAUUCUCCUCCCUCAUCACAAAAUUUCAUAAAGCAAGUUGGUAAUUCUUCUUCAUACAUCUAAUGCUCAUUGAAGACAACCUACUCAUGAUUGUUAACAAGUGGUUUUCAAGAAAAGGGAACAAACAGAAGGAUGGAGAGGUACCAUCCCCUGAGAAUCAUGUGUUCAAAAAUCUGUGAAAAAUAAGGAACUGACAUCCUAAAUGGGUCAAUUCAAAAGCUCAUUAGCUUUGCUGCUAUUCUUCAUUUGGAGAUUUUCCUUUAAAGACUGUUUUGUUCUCUUUAUUUCUUGCUGUCUGCCUUGUGGUGAUAUUUUCUCCUUGCACUUUUCUCUGUCUUAUCUUUCCUCUUUUAAUUUCAUCCCUGAAAAGGCACAGCUCUGUGUUCAGAAAACUUUGGAAUUCUCCGUUUUCCAAAGUUGGGGGUGCUGGAGCUGAAUCACACAAAUCAGUAGUGUCCUUCAAUAGUUAAGAAUUCUCAGCACAGGCAUCACUCUCUGCAGCUCAGAUCUCACAUUUUCUCCACUCUUUUCUGAAAGGAUGCUGGAUUUCCUACCAAUCCUUGACUAGCGGUUGCAUAAUUCAUUUUCUCAGUCAUGUAUUGACCUAGAUAUUUUUCUCUUUCCCAUCACUGCUUAACUUACAAUAUCUACAGCCAGAGUGUACCUCUUUCCCUUUUCCAUUUAUAGAGAGGGAGAAGUUCUGAGGGGAAAUUUCACUUAGGGAUUGAAAUAGGACUGGAAGUAAGAGAAGAGAUUGAGAAAUGGGAGCUGCCACCCUGGCUAGGGUCUGUAGAGGAUUAAAGACACAGAGCUUGCAACUGACUUCAGGGAAUGUGCCUGAGUCUCAGUUGUAGAAGUUCUGCUCCACAGAAGAAUUAAAUUAUUAUGGGGAAAUACUGCAGCAGAAGCGUGAAAAAUGAAGCCUAAAAUGAAGUGUUCAAGCAGCAAAACUUCCCCAGCAAAGACGAACAGCUCAGCAGGCAAAGCCUUGGUAAAAUCUCCCAAGUUAAGAAAAUCUCAACAGAAGGUGGAAGAAGUUUGCCAGAUAUACUUUAUGAAGCUACGCUCAGGCCUUCUUAUAGAAAAGAAAGCCUGUUACUUUAAGAAAGAAACCACCAGAAGGCAUGUACCAAAACCAGGUGGAAAGCAACAUCUGGUAUUGGCUGCCUGUGAGCAGCAGCUGGAACACCUUGAACAGUCUGUGGAGGGCUUCACUUUUGAUGUGCCCAUGAUCCAGAGAUGUGCUAGAUCAACUGCUGGUCCAAUUUUUGAAGAAGAUUUUGCUUCCCUGAGCACAUACAACGAUCAAUCCAUUAGUUUUGUUAUUGAGGAUGGAAGUUAUGAGAUCUACAUUGAAGACCUGAGUGGACAACAAGAGAAAGACCCAGUGUUAUUCCGUUGCUAUCCUUCUCAGUGCUCCUCAAGUGAAACAGCAGGUGGUGCUGAUGGUCAGAAGUUAAUGGUAAACCUGAGUCCUAAAAAAUACAAAGACUUUUUGCUGCAUGCCAACAACAAGGAGCACUCUGUGGAGCUACAAAAAUGUGAAAACCCGUUCCCAGACCAGGCCUUUUUUCUUAUGCAUAAGACGUCGUCCAGAUGUGUUUCAUUUGAAUGUAAGAACAAUCCUGGAGUGUUUAUAGGAGUAAAGGACAAGCACCUUGCUCUAAUUAAAGUGGGGGAGCAAACUGAGCCUUCAAGUAGGCAGAAUAUCAUAUUUAAGCUCUCUUAAACUUAAUGUGAUGGGAAGCUGUGGAUCCUGGGUUGGGUAGCCCAAAUGGCUACCACUGCAGAAGGGAUGAGACAAAAGAAAGAGGCAGGGAACAUUUAAGGGAAAUGGAGAGUGCUCACACGCCGUGGAAUGCUUUUCUUAUUAUGUGUAAAAAUAUUUUUCGUUAUCCUUCAGUUGUUUUUUACUUCCCUCUGUAUCACUGUAUAUUCAACACAAGUAUUGGUAUAUUAAAUCGGGUAUCGGUAAAGAGAUCUGCCAACAUUCAGAAGAGACACAGCCUGACCUUUACUUUUUUCCACUUUCAGUCCAUAAAGAACUUCAUAUUUAGAGCUGAGACCUCUGGGAAGAAGCAAGAGUCUUAGCCCAAGUCACAAUGUAGACAGGUAUCUGUUUUAAAGAACUACAUAGGGACACAGUUUUUCCUGGUUCCAAAUAAUAGGCUCAAACACUAAAGCUGCUGGUGAAAAGGCACGCAGGUUGCCCAUUCCAAAAGUGGAAUAAAACACCAAGUUUGUUUAUAGAUGCCGGAAACUUCAGAUGCCUCUAUGGCUAGGCAGGUAAUAUAAAUAAGUGAAGAGGCAAGGAUUAUCAAAAAAUUAUGAAAAAUAAAUCCAAUAUUUAUAAAGCAAAUAAUUUCACCUCUCAUUGUUUCAUUUUUAAAGUUCUGAUUUUUGUAGACAGUUAACUUUAAGCAAGGCAUUCUUAACAUUAGGAAGUGAAAUACAUUUUAGUUCAGACCUAUGAUUGAAAUCAUUAAGAAUAUCUAACAAACUGAAACAUUUUUUUAAAAAGCAGCAAGCCACAACAUAUGUUAGGUCAUCCAGUCCCACAGUGGGGCCAGAAGUCCUCUGACCUCCUAGGACCUGGAUGGGGCACAGGAUUAACCUUACAAUUUCAAUAUCUGGCUAUCCCUCAUGUUUGUGGCGUACCAUGUUCUUCUGACCCUAGAUCCCAGGGAUCUAUGACUUGAUAUACUCAGCACCUUGGACAAAAUGUCUUCUAAUCCUUUCCUCCUAUGUGCACAAGUCUUUUUAUUGUCCAGCUUCCCGAUGACCCUGGUUACUAUGGAAUAUUCAUUUGACUUCUGUUCUGUCUUCAUUUCCUUUGACCAACCAUGUCCUUGAUAUGUCUUUUGCACCCCCUGAGCUUCAUUUCCGUAUGAUCUGAUCUCCGUAUGCCAACACCUUUAUUCUACUUUGUCUACCUGACAUUGUAAAAUUUUUACAUAAAUCUAUUGAUGGCAAUAUUUUUUAUUAAACAUCUUUGUGUUUUACUUUUAGUAAAGUAGUAAAAUUUAUACUCAACUAUGUAAUAACAUUUUUCAAUUACUAAAUGAAUAGUUUUUGCUGAUUUUAAGGGCUUAGCAAUUUCUACUACAAUUUUUCAUAGGUUUAACACUGGCAAUACAUGAUAAACAUAAUAACGGAAUACUUAUAAAAAAUGACUUCUGAAAGUGUAGGCUUUUAAAUUUCUAAUUUGUUGAUAUCUAUUGGAUCUAAUUGCUGGUUUAACUUAAGAUAAAAGAGGCUGAGAAUUACUGUACGAGAGCAAACAAUUGUAGAACAAUAUGACUUUGUUUCAUUGUGAAUAAUUUUACUAUAGAGACAAAAAUAAAAGCAGAAUCAAUAUCAUCUCCUCUGAAAAACACUAAAUGUUGAGCAUGUGCAUUUGUAUGAUAUACUUAAAUGAUUAUUAUUAAGUAACCAAAUAUACCCAUUACAUAGUUUGUAUUCUUGAAUAAACAGUAUUUUUAAAAGUU